AUGGUGCCUCAUAAUUAAAAAACGUAUACUAUAUUUCCUCUGUAAAACUAAGUAUAUACAAAUAUCCAGCAGAAGGAAGUUGUGCGCUGAGAAAUACUGAAAAAGGAAGGGAAAUGAGAAAGGAGUUUUGCUGACAAAGUGAGGAAGUACAGAUUUAGUGAGAGAGAAAAAGGAGAAGUAAAUAUGGUGCAUAUAUAAGACCACCUACCAUUUUAAUAUCAACAAGACUUGGAAAUGCUACAACACACAGAAAAGCUAAGGCUCUUUUCUUUUUCAUCUACUUUGUUAAUUGUGUUGUCCCUUUACCUUUUCCUUCUCUCUGUCAAUCAAACUCAUGUUGCGUGGGUAUCUCACAUGGCGUGGGAAAAUGGGAGUACUCUCUCUUCUCUUUACUUUCCCUCAUCCAUUAUUUGCAAUUUUGCAACUAAAAUUUACUCACUGUGGCAGUCUGGUGGUGGUUGAAGUUGUCAUCUUAACUACAUGCCUUUAUUCAAGGAUCAUGGCCACACGUCUACCUAAAGGGAAUGGCCUUUUUUUGUUUAGACAGUGAAAUAAUGUUUAAACCAGGUCAUUACUGUCUGCAUAAUAAGAGAGAAGAUGGUAGGACUGGUAGCUACAUUGUGAUGACCGUCUAAUAAUUUUCUGUCUUUAUGUUUUAGUUAAUUCUUUGUUACUACUUUUUGGAGGCUUUAUUCUCGAAAAGUUCAAGAAUGUGACAAUUACUACAACAUAACAAUUUUGAUCUUAACUUUCAGUUUGACUGUUGUGAAUAUCUUUGCUAGGAUUUGCUUUUGAAAUCUUUAGCAAUUUCAAAAACCGAACAUAGGGUUUUUUUUUUUGGAUAGGAUAAUACCUGCUUUUCCUAGUUUCGAAAGAUUUAAAAAAUAUGCUUUUAGGAUGUAGACAACUAUAAAGGCUAAGAGACCUAAUUUUAAAACCAAACUGGCUAUCAAAACCUAAUAAAAGAAGUCUUAGAUGGCUGUGGCAAAGAUUUUCAAUCUCCAGAUAAGGAAAACCCUCACUGGACAAUCUUGGUUUUCUUAAUUCCUAUGAACCAUUCUUCAUUAAUGCCAAGGACAAGAGGAAGGGUUACAGCAAGAUUGAAAAGGCAGCCGCUGUGAAUGAACAUAGGGGUCGCCAACUGGGAGGAGAUAAAGAGUAUGGUACAUUUGGUGGAAAGAAAAAGGAAUGGUAAAUAAUGUAAUGUGAUACAGAAGAAGAUUAAAUAAUGGGUCAAUCGAGAUUAAAGAGGGAGUAGUUCAGCUAAUAAAAAGGAACAUUUAAUGCAUGAUGAAGAUUUUAAAUUGUUUGAGAGGUUUAGAGUUUCCAGGACAUUUGUUGGGAGAGAGUGAAACCUGGCAGCCUGCUUUUAAAUUCCACUAUAAUUACGGGGAGAAAGCUAGGAAAGCUGCUACUCUUUUGUCAUUUUCUUGAUAGACCAGUGCUCUUUUGAACUCCCUUCUUCAAUACUAUGUAUAUAACAAUGCCAUGGAAAACUGGCUCCUCGACUCCAUAGCUUCACUUCACUUCAAUCUCUCUCUCUCUCUCUCUGAACCAGAAGAUUUUUGGUCACUCAUCGCUUUCUGAACUGGGACUUUCCCUCCAAUGGCUGUGGUAUGUGCUGAAGCAGCACCACAACCACUUAGAGCACAGGUUUGGAUCUUGAAAGUUUCUAUUCACUGUGAAGGAUGCAAGAGGAAGGUUAAGAAAGUUCUACAGAGCAUUGACGGUGUUUAUACGACCGUCAUUGAUUCAGAACAGCAGAAAGUUACGGUCACCGGAAAUGUUAGUCUUGAGACUCUGACCAAGAGGCUCGCAAGAGCAGGUAAACAAGCGGAAAUUUGGCCAGAAAAGCCAGCAGAAAAAGCGAAGCAGUUCAUCAAGAUGUUGGCGACUGACAAAGGGAAUGGCCAAGAAAAUGGAAGAAGUCCGAGUACAAACAAAGCUUCAGCAAAGAAGGUUGAGUUUAGGGUCAGCCCUGACAAGAAUAACCGUGUAGAACAGAUUGAAAAGUUAAAGAAUAAUGGAAGCUCUACCAAAAAGCUUCCGGCUGGGGAGUCGCCGCCGGUGGCCAACUACAAGGGCAAUGCUACUGGACAUGAGGGUUAUUCUCCAGACAAAAGUGGUGUAGGGCAGAGUGGUGAAAAGAAGAAAAAGAAGGGGCAUCCAGGUAUUAACAACGGUGAUAAAUCAGGUUCAAACCCCCAGAAUGGACAUGGAACACUCAAUGUGGAUCCAGAUGUGGACCUAAGAAAUGGUAGCCCACUGGCCCAACAAAUAUACACGGGCCCUAAGGGUUAUUAUUUUCCUCCACCUAUUUUGGGGUUAAACUACUAUGCGCCGCAUUUAGUUAAAGGUCCUGAAUUGCUUUACCAUGUCCCACCGAUUCCAUUUUCACAUUCGAAUGAUCAGACUGGAAACUAUGAGGAUCAAGCAAAGCCACAGACCUACCUGGAUUAUUUCAGUGAAGAAAAUGCCCAUGGGUGCAUCAUUAUGUGAUCUACAACCCAGCCAAUCUCAAAUCAAAGGCAAGAGAUGAUGAUUUGAAGUGCUAAUAGUAAAACAGCGGAGCAUGAGUAUAGAUAGAUGUACAUGAGUGAGGUCCAAAAUGACAGGAAGGUUAUCAAGUAGCAAAGUUUUGAAGGGUUGGGUGCUUCUAAUUUUUUGGGUGAAAUGUACUUUAGGGUUAUUGUGUUCUCUGUCAAAUGAAAACUUUUUGCAGAAGCUUUCUAAUGACUCUGACUAGAAGUAAUCUAUAAAAUUAUUCAAUUUCAAGCUCA